AUGGUCUCUGGUACCACUGCAGCCACUGAGGAGGAGCGCAGCCUCCGGCAAUGUGAGCUCUAUGUGCAGAAGCACAACAUUCAGGCCCUGCUGAAGGAUUCCAUUGUGCAGUUGUGCGCUGCUCGAACAGAGAGAACCAUGGCAUUCCUCAGGGAAUACUUCCAGAGGUUGGAGAAGGAGGAGGCCAAACAGAUUCAGAAUCUGCAGAAAGCAAGCACUCGUGGAGAUUCGAGAGAGGAUGAAAUCUCUCCUCCACCCAACCCAGUGGUUAAAGGCCGGAGACAGCGAGGUGCUAUCAGCGCUGAAGUCUACACAGAGGAAGAUGCUGCAUGAUAUGUUAGAAAGGUUAUACCAAAAGAUUAUAAGACAAUGGCUGCGUUAGCCAAGGCCAUUGAAAAGAAUGUGCUGUUUUCACAUCUUGAUGAUAAUGAGAGAAGUGAUAUUUUUGACGCCAUGUUUCCGCUUUCCUUUAUUGCUGGAGAGACCGUUAUUCAGCAAGGUGAUGAAGGGGACAACUUCUAUGUGAUUGAUCAAGGAGAGAUGGAUGUCUAUGUCAACAAUGAAUGGGCAACCAGUGUUGGGGAAGGAGGAAGCUUUGGAGAACUUGCUUGGAUUUAUGGAACACCUCGAGCAGCCACUGUCAAAGCUAAGACAAAUGUGAAAUUGUGGGGUAUUGACCGAGACAGCUAUAGAAGAAUCCUUAUGGGAAGCACUCUGAGAAAGUGGGAGAUGUAUGAGGAGUUUCUUAGUAAAGUGUCUAUUUUAGAAUCCUUUGGCAAGUGGGAAUGCCUCACAGUAGCUGAUGCAUUGGAACCAGUCCAGUUUGAAGAUGGGCAGAAGAUUGUGGUGCAGGGAGAACCAGGGGAUGAGUUCUUCAUUAUCUUAGAGGGGUCAGCCGCUGUGCUACGGCGUAGAUCAGAAAACGAAGAGUUUGUUGAAGUGGGAAGAUUGGGGCCUUCUGAUUAUUUUGGUGAAAUAGCACUACUGAUGAAUCGCCCCCAAGCUGCCACGGUGGUGGCUCGUGGCCCUUUGAAGUGCGUUAAGCUGGACCGACCUAGAUUUGAACGUGUUCUUGGCCCUUGUUCAGAUAUCCUCAAACGAAACAUCCAGCAGUACAAUAGUUUCAUGUCACUGUCUGAAAUCUGCCUCCCGUGCCUCCCUUUUCACCUCCCCAAUCCAUGCCUCACUCGAACACUGCUUUAUUUUCCCUAUUGGCAGCACCACGUGGCCACUGGCAUUGCAGCUUCUUGUCUGUUUAUAUUAAAGUUGCUUUUAUUGCACUGUUUUUAA